AUGUCGCUGUUCGGCUCUGCUACGACUUCCGCUGCGCCCACAUUCUCCUUUGGCAGCACACCCGCCGCUUCCACCGCCCAACCCGCAUCAGGGACCGCCGCACCCUCUCUAUUCGGCAGUUCGACAGCUCCUGCGACGUCCACCACAGGCGGCGGGCUCUUUGGCGCUAAGCCAGCGGGAACGACGACAUCGCUGUUUGGUGCUCCCGCAACAUCGACGGCUGGCGCUCCUGCGGCUGGCGGAGGGCUCUUUGGAGGCGUGAGUGCGGUACCUGCGGCUGCUGCGAAGCCCACCUUUUCCUUCGGCGCACCGGCAGCCUCGACUUCGACAACCGCUCCUCCCACAUCCGCACCCUCCCUCUUCGGCUCGACUACCGCGACUGCGCCAGCUGCGGGGACUGGAGGUGGACUAUUCGGCUCGACAACAGCGGGAGCGGGUACGACAGGAGGGUUGUUUGGCGCGAAGCCGGCAGGAACGACCGCACCUGGGCUUGGAGGAGGGCUGUUCGGUUCGAUAGCCGGUGCUAGCACGACUGCUCCUUCAUUCGGCGCUUCGUCGACUCUGGCGGCACCAAGCGCAGCAGCACCUGCUGCAGGGUCCAUCACGAAGAACACAAAGUUCAACGACUUGCCUGACGCGGCGCGGAAUGCUGUCGAGGAGAUUGACAAGUUCAUCCGGCAACAAUGUCAGCUUGCAGACGAGCUAAAGGCGAAGGACUUGGGAAGCGAGGUUGCGCAGACCCAGCGGAUGUUUGAGCAAUACUCGGCGGAAGCGUCCACCGUCACCUCUCUCCUCCAAACCGACGCGCGACUGCUCACGACCCUCCGCACCGAACUCGAACAAUCUCUCGUCGACUUGACCAAGACGACAACACUUAUCGAGGGCUUCAAGGCGCCGCAGUCGCAGAAGGCGGCGGACGCAAAGGCGGUGGCGACGUUCCCAUACGAGUACUUCCGACGAAAGACGGACGAGAUGCGGGAACGGAUCGGGCGGUACAAGGCGACGAUGGAUCAAGUCGCCUCGCUUCUUUCAUCGCCCUCACACGCCUUGUCCCCUUCAGCCAUCCCUCCGACCCUCAAAGCGCAACACGCCUCGCUUGUCUCGCUCGCGUCCGCCGUGUCCGCACUCGACCUCGAACUCAAGGGCCUCAAGGACGACUAUCGGGUGAUCUGGCGGGAGAAGACGGGGCGGAUGGUCGAUCCGUUCAGGCUGGGUGGAGGAGCGGGAACGGGAGGAAGUGGGCUGGAGAAGGGUGUUGGCGGGAUGUCCCUGCGGUAG